AUGUCCAAAGAAAACUCAACAACCCUCUGGAAUUCCGUGCUGGAUAACGAUUAUACAACUUACUCCAAGAUCUCCAACAUUCUCUUAAACCCUUCAAUACCACUGAAACACAUCCCUCUGCGAAUAUACAUACCCUCCACGCCGACUCCAGUUCUUUCUCCCACCGAAUCCACAUCCGCACUCGGUUCUUUCAAGAUCGUACAAACCCUCAUACCACCACGGACGUCCGCACGGGAAGUACAAACAUUAGGAUCCGCUUUGAACACCAUAUUGCCGGGUUUGUUUCCCAGCAGGAGAGAUCCGAUACUGGCGGAACCAGUGUUACAUGGAGCAGCGGUACCAUUCAGGGCACCACUUGAAGAAUUGAUGAGAGAAGCCGCCUAUGCGGACGGAUGGUUGCAUUUGUGCGUUGUUAUGGUUGAUGCUUAA